AUGUAUCAGAACACCCAACGAGAUCCGGCGCGGCCGUUCCAGGUGCCCCCGCCCCCGCCUAUGUCGCCUCCCGUUUCCGGCCAGCAGCCCGGACAGUUGAACGCGAUGAUGGGCCUCCCUCCGCCGCCGCCAAGGUAUCCCGGUGCUCCCUCUGCGACCGCCGGCGUCGUGCUGCCUCCGCCUCCUGGUCCCCCGCCGAAUAGCGCUCUGGGGCCGCAGCCUUCGUGGCAAGCCAGCUGGGGUCGCUCCUAUAGCGGGCAGCCUGGAUUCGCCAUCCCCCCUCCACCGGCAGGUGGUCCUAUACCCUCAUAUAACCCGAAACUCCACUCGCAGGCUUCUAACGGGACCCUAUCAAUACCACCUCCCCCGCCACCGACAAACGAUCUCAUGUCGGCUACAUAUAGACCUUCGGGUGACCCGAACGAGGCCAUGGUGUCCGCCACCUAUAUACCGGGAGGUGAUACGUACGGAGAGGGUGUCGGUAUCCCGGGCUUCUUCCCGGAGGACAAGCCCUCGCAUUCGAACACGGCCCAGAGCGCGUGGCCCACAGCUAACCAGACCAUGAGUAGUAUCAAUACUCUGAGCACGACGCCCGCCGACGAGACCAAUCGGGGGCUGCUCUACGCCAACGCGUUCAACAAUCGGAUGAUGUCCACCACGUCGAAUUCGACCAUCAGCCAUUCCGACAUCGCCCCCGAGCUAGCAGCCAAGUGGCCCCUCGAUCAGGUCCUGUUGUGGCUGGCCGCGAACCAUUUCUCCAAGGAAUGGCAGGAGACGUUUAAGGGGCUCAAUAUCCACGGCACCCAAUUCCUUGAGUUGGGGAGCCAGCGGGGCGGUCGCGGCAACUUUGGUAUGAUGCACCAGCUCGUGUACCCACGUCUGGCACAGGAGUGCGUCAACAAUAACACCGCCUGGGAUCAGCCCCGGGAAAGAGAGGAGGGCAAACGGAUGCGGCGUCUGAUACGGAGUAUAGUAACUGGGAAGCCGGUCGAUAGCUCGAAGUCGCUGCCCGCUCACGCCAGCAGAGAGUCUCUUAGCAGUGCCCAUGCGCAGGGGGCUGGUACCGAUGUGGAUUCCCCCAACACUCCCAUCAAACAGGGCACCACCCGGGGUUUCUCGCAGACGCGGUCUACGACUAUGCCGACCCUCAGCAGCACCAUGAGCUCCGAUUCCAACCACCGUGCUAUCUUGAAGAAUAUUGACAUCGAGAGCGGCCGCAAGAUGAGCCCGGGUGCGAGCGAGCAGGGAGACGGCACGCACCGAUCUGCCUUUCGCGGCGACAGUCCCGGCUCGAGUCCGAAACUUUCGACCUCCUUCCUACCUCCGCCCUCGUCGGGUAACCUAUCCCCCUCGAGCCGUUUCCAUCAUAAAUCCCGAAACAGUGCCGACUCCGUUUCUUCGAGCGCCGCGAUAUAUGGCUCCGGCGUGCCACCCGAGGCUGGUCAACUUCUGCGGAACGGCAUGAGCGGAAUUGGCGAUAUGAUUCACGGUAGCCGCGGCGACCGGCGGUACGGCACCGACGGAAAUGGCGAACGACCAACCUCGGCCGAGCCGUCGAUGGCAAGGGACAACAAGAGCUUCCUCGGGUUCUUGAAGCGGAAGAACAAGCAGAAGGAGGACGGUUCUUUCCCCUCUCCCAACGAAGAGGACUCGCCAACCAGUCCUAAUUUAGUGAAACCUCACUUUUUCGGGAGCCGGUUCGGGACCCCCCCGCCGGAAGCGGUUCAAGACUCGGCCCCCAAGUUUAGGCGCAAUAAGAAUUUCCCCAAAGUAUUCGUCCUCGUCACGAUGGACGGGUGGAAUUACCGGAUGUGCGACGUCACGGAUUGUGACACAGCUGCCGACCUGCGCACCACGAUCUGUAUGAACCUAUGUCUUCCAGAUCCGAAGGGGUUCGAUAUCUUUUUAACCGAGCUAGGACGGGCGCCACACGACGAAGCGCUAGAAGACCAGAGUCUAUGGAUCCAUAAACGCAAUAAGGGCGACGCGCAGGGCUCUCUCAAAUUCCAUAUCAAACUUAGCGGAUCUAGCAGCAACGGCAACCGCAGCAUUCCCGCCUUGCUGUCUCCGGGAUAUACGGGCCCGGGCUCUAACGUGGACGAGGACACAUAUGCCCGCCUUAACGGCCAGCGUACCAGGUCAAGCUCCUCGCCGCCUACCUCGAGAACUAAUACGCUUUCCACAGGUUCGCAGCCGAACGAAGCCGAGUUAGCUGCGAGAGCCAGCGAGUACCGAGCCGAAGUCGAGAAGCAACAGGCAGCGUAUUUGAGCAAACGAAGGCAGGCCAUCAAGGAGUCUUCGCCGCAGGAAAUCUCCCCCGGAAUCGUGGGCAGGAAUGUAGAUUUUGAUCACCCCCGCCUUUCGCCCUUUGAAGAUAAGAAACCCGACAACCUCUUCCCCCAUAGGAAAGCACCCGCGCCACCAGUUGUAGAGACCGCGACCCUCAUCAAGGCCAACUCAUUAAGCAAAAAGACAGGACACGGUAUGCGGCCAUCUCAGGGUAGCAUCGACGAGUUUACCAGCCCGAAGCGGCCAGCCACUUCGACAGGCGAGUCGAACCAGGAUGCCUCUCAGAGACGGCCCCUCGGGCCUCCUUCCCCGCCAGCCGGCUCAGCUCUCGGGGCUUUGGUGAAUAUGGGUAGUGCCUGGGGCCGACUAGGUCGACCGUCGGCCAUAGCACCACGACAACGCUCGGUAUCGCCCCCCCGGAGCGCCCCAGGCCCCAUGGCCGGGGCGGACCACACGGAACAAAGAGGUAAGGGAGCAAUGGCAAGCGUUGAUUUUGGCAUAGCUGCCUCAGGUCGUAGUAGCCCUCGGUCGAGGUCUGGCUCGCCCGGUUCCCUAACGUGGGGUCGCGGUGAUAUCCCGUUCCUCGUACCAGACUACUCGCCUAGUGGCAGCCAGACCCUUGGAAACCGAGGAAAACCCGCGCUUGAACCGAUUACUAAAAUGCAUCAAGUAGCGCAACGAGCACCGUCCCCCGGCGAUCUUAGCCCGAGUACCGCACACCCCCCUGGAGGGACCGCCGCCGGAUCAGGAAAUACUACGGCCAACCGCCGCAAGUCUCACGGGCCCGAUGUGGAUUUCACCGAGACGGACGUCCAGUUCUCCCAGCCGACGGAGUCUGCUAGGCCAAUGAAUGACGAUUCUGGUGACGACUCGGACGACGGGCUGUUCGCUAUACCGAUGAGGGGAAGACAGCCAUCGAAGAAGUCCAUACGCAAGCAGCCGAGCCGUAACGAAACGAGCGUCCUUGAUAGCGACUCCGAGUCGAGCGAGGGCAGGAGGCCAAAUCUAAGAGUCAAGACCUCGAGAUCUAGGAAGGGUCUCUCUGUAUCGUUUGAUUCGCCUGGCAAUGGUAACACUCCCGAACUGGAAGAUGAUGACGGAAGUGUCAGGAGCGGUCGCGACUCUCACCGCCGCACGCCGGCGACGCCAGGAUCGGAUCAAUGGCAGUCGGACGACAGCGGAAUCAAUCGCCGGAAAUCAUUCAUCGAGCGCGACGUUUGGGCCAACCGUCCGCCCCCGGAGGCUUUGCUCAGCAACCUCGACGCCUUCUUCCCCGAGCUCGAUCUCGACCAACCCGUGCUUGACCUCGACGAAAGCCAAGUACAGGAACGAUCGGUAUCGCCGAUAAACGAACACGAGGAGGUUCCGGGAGAGGAUAAUAAAUCCAACCUUCCAUCGCCCGCAUUAGAUGUGCAACUCCCCGCCCCGACCGCCGAAACUGGCACUACGAGGUCAUCGAUCUACAACGAAAGUGAUACGCUCGGUUCCGAUGAGUCUACUCUAAAGGCUCUAGAGCGCCCGCCUUCGAUUGCCUCGGUUGCGACACGUAGUGUAGCAAGGUCUGGCGGACUCGGCCGGAUGAAGUCCAUUCGAGAGGUGGCACGCGGCGCUCACGAAGCGAACAAACGUUUCACCACAUCUUCAACGAGCGGCGGUGGUGGAGCGUCGACGACGAUUCAGCGACGGAAAAGCACCAAGAUGUUUGGUGCCAACGUCGUGCAGAUACGCCCGGAGCGCGGCUCUAUGAUAGUGCCGCAGAUACCCCAAGAUGUCAUCCCCAAGCGACAGACUACCUUCCGGUGGUUCAAGGGCGAGCUGAUCGGGAAGGGAACCUACGGACGCGUAUACCUGGGUAUGAACGCAACCACGGGCGAAUUCUUGGCCGUGAAGGAAGUCGAGGUCAAUCCAAAAGCCGCGGGCGGUGAUAAGAACAAGAUGAAGGAGCUCCUUAAGGCUCUCGAUCAGGAAAUCGACACGAUGCAGAAUCUCGACCACGUCAACAUCGUGCAGUACUUGGGCUGCGAGAGGAAAGAGACGAGCAUCAGCAUCUUCCUCGAGUACAUCUCUGGUGGCAGUAUCGGGUCCUGCCUGCGCAAGCACGGCAAGUUCGAAGAGCCCGUCGUGAGCUCUCUGACGCGGCAAACCCUCUCGGGCCUCGCGUACCUCCACCGCGAAGGCAUUCUGCAUCGCGACCUGAAAGCCGACAACAUCCUGCUAGAUGUAGACGGCACCUGUAAGAUUUCGGAUUUCGGUAUCAGCAAGAAGACGGACAACAUCUACGGCAACGACAAGACCAACUCGAUGCAGGGCUCCGUAUUCUGGAUGGCCCCCGAGGUGAUCCGAUCCCAGGGCGAGGGAUACAGCGCCAAGGUUGACAUUUGGAGUUUGGGGUGCGUCGUGCUGGAAAUGUUCGCCGGACGGCGUCCCUGGAGCAGGGAGGAAGCAGUGGGCGCUAUUUACAAAAUCGCUAAUGGCGAGAUACCCCCAAUCGCAGACGACGUGCGCGAGGCGAUUAGUCCAUACGCGUUAGGUUUUAUGUUGGAUUGCUUUACUGUAGACCCUAGGGAUCGGCCCACGGCAGAGCGCUUACUUAUGCAGCACGAAUUCUGCGAGCUCGACACGGAAUACAAUUUCUUCGAUACGGAGCUCUUUGCCAAGAUUAGGGGUACCUUCCAAUAGACACACACACACAUAUAUAUAUACAUAUACCCACGACAGGCUACCCAUAGCAAGGGAGAGGUUAGGGGAUGUGACGGGUGAAGAAUAAGAAUACCGGGG